AUGUUUGUUCAAACAGACAGUUUGCAGAAACUGAUCAAGCCAUUACAGAAUGAUAAUCCAAAUGCUAUUGAUUUUAUCCAAAUGCUUUUCAGUUCAUCAGUCAGCAACGACUUCAGAGACGAACAAUACAUUUCAGGUAUAUUACAAGUUAUUAUUGAUCACUCAAUGCGUCCAGGUCCUCAACAAGAUCGAAUGAUUUACAUUUUAGGCUUAAUCAUCAAAGGAAACUCAACAUCAUGUUCUAAAUUACAAAACUACACAAGAAGAUAUCGACGAAUACAAAUCAGAAAUCGAAAAUCUCAAGCAAGAAUUAUCAAAUAUUGA